AUUUAUGGAAGAAGAAAGAUCUGAAUAAGUAACGAUUGAGCCUUUAUUCUUUCCAUCAAAAGAGAAUGAAUAAAAACUCAUACAAUUUCUCUCCCAAGCAAAACAAUAUAUCCGUAUCUGUGUAUACACAUUCACCAAUAAAAACAUUGUUGGUAAAAUGUUGUAAAUGAUGAAGGAGAAUCCUAAUUUAAAAAUAUAAGUCAUUACAGAUGAUGCUUAGACAAAGAUACCUUCAUAAAAGGCUAUUUUGGAUCAAAUAUUAGAAGAAGGAAAAGGUUAGGUAAAAAAUAAGCGUUAUUUUUUUCACAGGCUGAAAUCAAACUAGACAAUUCAACAGUUAGUUUAAUGCAUCAUAAGUAUUUAGUGAUUGAUACAGAAUAUAUGGCUACUGGUUCCUUUAACUGGACAAAGUCUGCAGUUACAACGAACAAAGAAAACUUACUUUUAAUAAAAAGUAAAAAGCUUGUACAAUAAUUUGAUGAAAAUUUUCAAUCACUUUGGAAGGAUUUUAAAUUCAUGAAUGAUAGAAUUCUUGAAUAAUAACAAGAGGAAAUUGAUAGAGCUGAAAGAUAAAGAUUGAAAGCUGAAAAGCAAGCUGAAUUAGCUGCAAAAAAGGCAGAAUAAGAAGCGAAUGCUGAUCCUAAUAAUCCUAAUCCUACUUAAGGAGAACCAGAAACUAAACCAAAAAGAGCUCCUAAAGAACCUAAAGCACCCAAAGAACCAAAACCUCCUAAAGAACCGAAACCACCAAAAGAACCUAAACCACCAAAAGAACCAAAAGCACCUAAAGAACCUAAACCUCCUAAAGAACCUAAACCUCCUAAAGCUCCAAAAGAACCUAAAGCACCUAAAGAACCUAAACCACCAAAAGAGCCAAAACCAAUCAAAUAAAAAAUAAGAAAAGUUGUAUAAACUAAGAAAAAAAGAGAAAGUAUAGAAGAUGAAGAUUUUAGUGAUAAUGGAGAAGAUGUUGAAAUUUAAAAUGAUAUUGAAGAUGAUGAUGAAGAUUUAGAAGAUGAGGAAGAUUCAAUAGAGGACUUUUUAGCAGAAGAUGAUUCCGAAUGUGAUUGAUAAAUUACAUAUAAAAG